CAUAGAGCACAACAACGAAGGCAGCAACAAAACACAACAACAACAAUCAUUGAAACACAUUUUGACACAUUUUUUGACGGCUGAAGAAAAUUCAGAAACUUUGGUGAUAUGCUUUCUUCGAUUCCAAGCGAUUAAUGGACCUUUUAUUUAAACAACACAUUGAAUAAUCGUAAAUUGUCCUAUGAAUUCCGAGUCUGUGUGUGUCAUUUUCUGAUGGAAACCGAUUUUGUGCAUUAAAAAAACGUAUUGAGCAAAGUGUAGAGCGUGGAAUAUUGAUUUAAUGAACAAUUUUUGUUAGACCUAGACUAACUAUCGGCAAAACAAUUUUAUGGAAAAAAAACAAACGAAAUAGUCAAAUCACGACGGAGCGCAACAAUAGAAAAUAAUGUUCAAACAGUUUCAACAUAUCUGGAAGAAUGCAACCGUUAAUAAAUAUCAAAUAGUUUUACGCAGAUUUGCCUCGUCCACAGUUGAUCACGUCACUGCAAAGCAGCAGUUCGAACAAUCCAAUAAGAAUUACAAUCAACGUCGACAACACAUUAGUGCAUUUCAUUCAUGUGAAAACGCUGGGCAAAUUCGAUACAUCAGCAACAACACAGUCAAUAAUAGUACGAAUUUAAGUCGAUCUGAAAACGUUACAUCCAAAUACAAGAAAAUGGAAGCGAAUUUGAAAUGGCGCAGCGAUCCAGUGAUCACAACACUUGAAACACCACAGUUUAAAUUGAUCCUACGGAAGAAUAUCCUUGAUUUGGUGGCAUUAUUCCAGAAACACAACUAUGAAAUUCGCAUUGCCGGCGGUGCCGUUAGAGACUUACUCAUGAAUAUUACACCGACAGACAUUGAUUUCGCAACAACUGCAACGCCGAAACAAAUGGUCGAAAUGUUUACCAACGAAAAUAUUCGCAUGAUCAAUUCGAAUGGCGAGAAACAUGGGACUGUCACACCGCGCAUCAAUGACGAAGAGAAUUUUGAAGUGACAACGCUACGCAUUGACGUUCGAACCGAUGGCCGACAUGCCGAAGUGGAAUUCACCACCGAUUGGCUACUGGAUGCCAAUCGACGCGAUCUAACCAUCAAUUCGAUGUUUUUGGGCUUCGAUGGCAAAGUCUAUGACUACUUUUUUGGCUAUGAAGACCUCAAGAAUCGACGAGUUGUCUUUGUCGGUGAGCCAGCCAAUCGUAUUCAAGAAGAUUAUCUACGGAUUUUGAGAUAUUUUCGAUUUUAUGGAAAAAUCUCGUCGAACCCGAACAAUUUUGAUGCAAAGACGAUUGAAGCGAUUUGUGAGAACAUCGAUGGCCUGCAGAAAAUCAGCGGCGAACGGAUUUGGACUGAACUGAAGAAAAUUUUGCAAGGGAAUCAUCGUCUGGAAUUAUUCGCAAAACUCAUCGAAUGCGGAGCUGGUCGAUAUAUUGGUUUCCCAGCUUCAAUUGACUGCACCGAUCUAUUCCGUUUAAAACAAACACUUCAAACGACAUUCAAAGAUGUUCCCAUUAAUUCAACAACAAUCCUUUCGACUGUAUUGAAUUCAAAAGAAGACGCACUUUGCUUACAUUCACGGCUUAAAUUGUCGGCAUAUGAGCGCGAUAUGGCAUUCUUCCUGGCUGAAAAUAAGGCUGCCACACGUGACAUCGAUGACCUGCUCCACUAUCAGAAGAUGUGUUUGCCACAACGUAAUCGUUCAUUCAAAUUGCUAAAGGAUUUUGUUCUCGAAUUACUGAAAUACAAUGGCAAACGGCAAAUUUACGAUCAAUUGCUGGACUGGGAAAUGCCAAAAUUCCCCGUCAACGGUACAAUUCUGAUUGAGAGUGGAUACAGUGGCCGUAAAAUGGGUGCGAUACUGGAAAAAUUGCGUGAUAUUUGGGCCGAUAGUAAUUUUCAAAUGUCUCAGGAAGAAUUGAUGCAACAACACCUAACGCCCGUGCAACAGAAAGUCGCCGAAGAGGAAAGUCUCCGAAAAAAAGUCAAAACUAAGAAAUAAAUUUGGUCACACAAUGCAAAAUUGUGUGCUUUGUAAUGUAAAUUGAAGAACAAUCUGGAGAGACAGUAAAAAAAAAAAUGAUCGAAAAAUCAAAUUUAGAAUAAUGAUGAGAGAUACACACAAAUACACAAUCAAAGUGAAGAUGAAACAAGUUUGAAAAGCUUAAUCUUCAAUAAAGAUCUACUUACGAAUGGUUAAAGUGCCAUUUUAAAAAAAAGCAAUGAAUGUUUUUUUUUAUUUCUUGUGCAGAUUUAUUUCCUACUUGUAGAAGUCUCGACAUAUGAGUCAUACUGAGGUGGCGAUUCCGCUUAAACAGGUUCAUUACGUUUAUAUUGCCAUGGUUUUCGUUAUCAAGGGUAUAUCAUUUCUUUCAUCAUUGAAUGUUGUGUCAUGGAAAAAUAAGGAAAAACACUUUUUAAUAGACUUCAACCAAAUUGCAAAACAAAUGAACGAUAUUAACACAUUUCGAUAUCAUUCGAUGUUAUCAUCAUAUCAGACAAUAGUUGCUUAUCACUGGCUUGAAAUUCGAAAUGAACGCAAUCGUCACUUAAUGAGAAAAAUGCGCCAAAGACUCGCAAAAGGUGGAUAGGCACAGCAAAAAGAAUGAACAACAAUUCGACGAAAUUCUCUUGAACCAAAAAGAUCGUAAUGAUGACAAACAAAGCGAAAAAAAUAAUUUCCACCAAUAAAUAGAUGCGGGAGAAUGUAGGACAUAUAUAUUGAGAUAGAAAUGAAUUCGGUAACUCUAUUUACACGUUCAAAACACAUCAAACAACUUCGGCAACAACAAUAUUGUCGAGACAUUGAAUGGUAAUUUUGAUUUAUUGUGCUCCAUUAUUGCUGACGACUGGCUGCGAGAGAAGAAAAAAACUAAAAGUGAAGUUUAAAAAUAUAAUGAACGCGACUCAUUUGAAUUAGUCUUACGGUUGCAACGACACUGGAUAUACAUACUCGAAAUAUUCUCCAAACGAACCGCAUCAUACUUAUACCGGAUUAAUUAUUGUGCAUAGCAUUUGUUCUACAUUCACGCCGCUCAUUAUUCUACAAUUAUUUUACAACUUGAUUUUGCCAGUUGAAAAAAAAAAACCACUUCAUUCUAGUGUGAUUUGAAGCAAAAAAUAAUGUGCAACAUGCAGUUUUUUGUCGUUGUGUCUGUACUACUUGCUGUUUCGAUCGGUUCGACAUCGGCCAUUGGCGGUCUUUUGGAUGGUCUAGCGAGUUUAUUUGAACAACCAAGCGGUUGUACUGUUCUGGUUGAGGUGCCAUUAACGCCACAGGAUCCGUACUACAAAGCUGAAAUAUUUCCAAGUUUAACAGCCAAGCUGAAUGCCAACCAAGAUCGGUUUGAUCGUGAUUUACACCAAGUUUGGGUGGAUGCUCCAGAUCCAUCAAUGUGUCGUCCAUCAUACGGUGGAUCGUUCGGUGGGCUAUUCGGUGGAUCAUUAGGUAGUAGUCGUUGCACUUUAAACGGUCAUUUUGAAUCGCAGUACAAAUGGCUGAUAUUUCGAUCCGGUGAUAAAAAGAAACUAGCCAACGAACAACUUUGGGCGGAAUCGCGUAAUAAUGGAUUUCCAUUCUACAAAGUAUGGGCUGACGCACCAGAACGUUACUGUAAACGACAAUUUGGUGGACUUUCAGACUUCUUGGGAUAAUUGAUUCAGCUGCUGGCUUAAACGCAAUUUAAUUUCCACAGAAUUCGCUUUUCAUACACAUCAAAGAAACAAACAAUUCAUUUGUUAUAUUCUCUGAAUGCGGACAUCCAUAAAAAAAUUUCCAAUUUAACGCUGUCAUUCUCACGAAUUGUUUCGCAAUUACUUGUUUAAACAAUAAAAUAACAACUAAACUACACAAAA